AUGUAUGAAAACAUGUCCACGAUGGUGUAUUUAAAGGAAGAGAAGUUGGAGAAGCUUACUCAAGAUGAAAUCAUUGCCAAAACUAAGCAAGUGAUUAAUGGACUAGAGGCCCUGAAGAAUGAACACAAUUCAAUUUUGCAGAGCUUACUGGAAACACUGAAAUGUUUGAAGAAAGAUGACGAAACUAAUCUGGUGGAAGAAAAAUCAAAUAUGAUUCGAAAGUCACUGGAAAUGCUGGAGCUUGGCCUUAGUGAAGCACAGGUGAUGAUGGCCUUGUCGAAUCACUUGAACGCGGUGGAGUCGGAGAAGCAGAAGUUGCGCGCUCAGGUUCGCCGGCUGUGCCAGGAGAAUCAGUGGCUGAGGGAUGAACUAGCCAACACACAGCAGAAGCUACAGAAGAGUGAGCAGUCUGUGGCUCAGCUAGAGGAAGAAAAGAAGCACCUAGAAUUCAUGAAUCAGUUAAAAAAAUACGACGAUGAUAUCUCGCCAUCGGAGGAUAAGGAUACAGAUUCCACCAAAGAGCCUUUGGAUGACUUGUUUCCCAAUGAUGAAGAUGAUCAAGGACAAGGAAUUCAGCAGCAGCACAGCAGUGCAGCAGCUGCUGCCCAGCAAGGUGGCUAUGAAAUCCCAGCCAGGCUACGGACCCUGCACAACCUGGUGAUCCAGUAUGCUUCCCAGGGCAGGUACGAGGUGGCUGUGCCUCUCUGUAAACAAGCCCUGGAAGAUCUGGAGAAGACUUCGGGUCAUGACCAUCCUGAUGUUGCCACUAUGUUGAACAUACUUGCUUUGGUGUACAGAGACCAGAACAAAUACAAAGAUGCAGCAAAUCUCCUGAACGAUGCCUUGGCUAUCCGUGAGAAGACUCUGGGCAAAGAUCAUCCAGCGGUUGCAGCAACCCUAAACAAUCUUGCAGUGCUUUAUGGCAAACGGGGGAAGUACAAAGAAGCUGAACCUUUGUGUAAGAGAGCACUGGAGAUCCGAGAAAAGGUCUUGGGGAAAGAUCACCCUGAUGUUGCCAAGCAGUUAAAUAACUUGGCUUUACUGUGCCAGAACCAGGGUAAAUAUGAGGAGGUUGAAUAUUACUAUCAGAGGGCACUUGAAAUUUAUCAAACCAAGCUGGGACCAGAUGAUCCAAAUGUUGCAAAAACAAAGAACAACCUGGCAUCCUGCUAUCUAAAACAGGGCAAGUUUAAGCAGGCGGAAACUUUAUACAAAGAGAUUCUCACUCGCGCUCACGAACGGGAGUUUGGCUCUGUAGAUG